AAUGAAGUGAACCGAAAAGGGCCGCAUGCGAUCGUGUAUAACCUCUUCUUUCAAACGUCAAAAGUGACAGCCGAUGUUAAAAUGUGUUAACUAAAUAGUAGUAUAUUUCUAUAUAAUAGUUUAGAUAUGGCUUCAGAAAAUUCUCACUCAGAAUCUGCUACCAAACCAUGUCGAACUUGCACCGAUUUUAAAUCAUGGGCUAAACAGCAAAAAAAAGCUUUGAAUGAGAGUUCUAAAGUAAAUAAUAAUAGUUAUAAAGAGGCUAAUAAUAAAAGAGAAAGUAUGCUGGAGGAUACCUCACAAGAGAUAAAUCCUGAUGAUAGAGAUUGUCCUUUAGAUAGAGUACAUUUAGGUCGUAAAACAUGGGGACUUCUGCACACAAUGGCAGCUUAUUAUCCAGAAAAUCCAACGGAUAAUCAGAAAGCCUACAUGAAAACAUUUUUAAAAACACUAAGUCUAUUAUAUCCGUGUGACGAUUGUGCUAGGGACUUUCAAGAAGAAUUGAAGAAAAAUCCUCCAUUGGUUUCAAGUCAACAUGACUUAGCACAGUGGAUGUGCCGUCUUCACAAUUCUGUGAACGACAAGCUGAAUAAACCUAAAUUUGACUGUUCCAAAGUAAAUGAGAGAUGGCGAGAUGGUUGGUUGGAUGGUUCAUGUGAUUAAGAUAGGGAUAUAGCAUAUAUAAAUGUUGAA